CCAUCCCGACCACCUCCGACAGAUCGAAGAUUUUUUCGUUGCGAUUGUGGUCGUCUCAUUCUGGUCUCCAUUUAUACACAUUCGGUCAAUUGUCCCCGACCGGGAUGUCAUCGUCGACUGAUUUUACCUGCGACCACAGUGAUCAGUGUGGGUCAGAACCACUUCGAUCGGGAUAAGCCAGAUUUGGAUUUGCACGGAGAUAUCGAAAUCGUACAGAAACAGGGCACUCGUCCAAUGGAAUUACGCUGCGGAGCUUGCUAUCAACACUUCUUCAUCACGAACAGUACCGUGCUGAACUCGGCUGUGAUAUGUCCACGCUGUAAGGCACGCACAUCGGUGGGUCCGGAUUUUGCACGACACCGAAAAUUGAUGUUUUUGGGCUACGCGUUUGCGUCGCUCACAAUUGCGCUUGCUAUCACGAUUCCCACGUAUUUGUGUCGCGAGCAGAACGACGGUGUCUACUCCUUGCAAGUUGGUACGGGCACUUUUUCCUGGUUUGUUUGUCUGUUUGCUUUGAUGCCCAAUUUGGUAAAUCUUAUCAUCCAAACUGUUAUUGUGUAA